AUGGGCGAAGCUGUGGCGCUGCUGGGCCCUAACGGCAGCGGCAAGUCGACUCUGGCCAAUAUCGUCGUCGGCUAUGAGGCGCCAUCUGGAGGCGACGUUUUCGUGGGCCAGCACAGCAUACGCCGAUCACCACGCACGGCUAGGCGCCACCUCGGCUUCCUACCACAGACCUGCAUGCUCUUUCCCUACAUGACCGUCAACGAGAACCUGCACUACUUCUCCAAGAUGACUGACCGGAACGUGUCUUCGGCGCUGGUGGCUGAGCUUCUUAGCACGUUCUUCUUGCACCCACGCCGGAACGACCUGGUCAGCGAACUGUCGCAAGGCCUCCGAAAGUGCGCCGGACUUUGUGUUGCACUUAUGGGAGCACCAAAGGUGCUUGUGCUUGACGACCUGACGGGCGGCGUGGACGUGAUGCUGCGACGCCGCAUGCUGAAGCUCAUCAAGACGGUCAAGGACCAGUGCGCCAUACUGAUAACCAGCCAGAGGCCAGACGAGCUGGAGUUUGUUGUCGACAAAGUUGCCAUCCUGGCUCGUGGCGUGGUUCAGUGCGUCGGGUCGCCAGCGUUCCUCAGAGAGGCAUACGCGGUGCCCUACCGCUGUCGCUUGAUCCGAGACACAACCGACUGCCGCUCAGCUCUAGUGGAAUCGCAGCUUCGAGAGUGCCUGCCGCACGCGAAGCUCAUAUCAAAGGUUCGUAUCGCUCUGAGCACGCAUUUUUGUACUAACGGUACAGGUUGA